ACUCGAUAAACUUACAUUAUCAUUUUUCUCCUCCAUCUCCUCAUCCUGAUGCCCUGUGGUUUCCUUUUGACUAUAUCGAAAGAAAUGGAAGCUUCGUUAUGCAGGAAGCUCGGUGACCCAACAACCCAACCGGAUUCAUCGGAAAACAACGCUCUCACUGUCUCAACAUCUCACCCUAUUCCUAAACUCACUUCUCCAACUUCAAUCAGAGUUCGAAUCAAGUCCACCGGCUUGAAUUAUGCCAACCACCUUCAGGUCCUCAAUAAGUAUCAAGAAAAAUUCGCCUUGCCUUUCGAACCUGGAUCCGAUUACUCCGGUAUUGUCGAAUCCAUCGGUCCUAAAGUCACCAAGUUCAAAGUCGGCGAUCCUGUUUGUUCCUUUGCCGGUGUCGGUUCUUUCGCCCAAUUUAUCAUUGCCGAAGAGAAGGAUUUGUUGGAGUUCCUGAUGGAUGUGAUCUGGUGGCUAUCGGCGCACUUCUAGUUGCAUAGGGAACAUCUCAUGUGGCAUUGGUUCAUAGGGCCAAUCUCAAGUCUGGUCAGGUGCAGCUGGGGGUGUUGGUCUUUCAGCUGUUCAAAUAGGAAAAGUCUAUGGUGCCAUUGCCAUUACUGUUGCUAGGAACUGAGAAAGUGGAGUUCUUGAAGUCAAUGGGUGUGGAUCAUGUUGUUGACUUGAGUAAAGGAGGUGUUAUUGAAAGUGUAAAGUCGUUCUUGAAAACCAAAAAGCUUAAAGGGGUUGAUGUUGUGUAUGAUCCUGUUGGAGGCAAGCUUAUGAAAGAAAGCAUGAAGUUGUUGAAUUGGGGAGCACAAAUUUUGGUAAUAGGGUUUGCAAGUGGUGAAGUCCCUGUUAUUCCUGCUAAUAUUGCUCUUGUUAAGAAUUGGACAAUUCAUGGACUCUAUUGGGGGAGCUAUAAGAGGCUAAUUUACAUUUGUAAUUCAUACAAACUCCAAGAGGCGAACCUUAAAUUUUCGGAUAUUAAGGACAGAAAAGUAAUUGGGAAGGUGAUGAUUACUUUUAAUGACCCCAAAAGCAUAACCACUAAGCUCUGGACCAAAACUUAUGCAAAUUCUGUAGAAAGUAGCCCUUACAAAACCAUAGUAUCUGCAAUGCUGUUUUAGCAUAAAUAAUGUUUCCUUGUUAAAUGAAAUGUAAUGUUAGUAAUAAUGUUGACUGAUUGUAUUAGGAUUCAUGGAGAAAGGAUCAGUUUAUGAUAAUUGGUUUUUGUUGGAUAUAUGCUGAACAAGGUUUUGUUGCUUUAUUUUUAGUUCCUGUUUUGGGGUUCUCAUAGCUGAUAAAUUUUGUAUGAUAUCUUUAUCAACACAAAAAGAUUCUAAUGUGAAAUUCUUGAAUUCGG